AUCUACAAACUGGACACUCUGGACAAUUUUACACAUCAAGUACGUCUUUUUCCUAACAAUUUAUUCCAUUUUGAAGUGUUUUUUCUUUAUUUACAACCAAGCCGCGGUGAUUUGUAACAUAAAUCUGCAUGAAAUACGACCGGGAAAUGAAGAGCUGAGAACAGAAUACCCUGACUGCACUGCCCGUACCCCACAAUGGCCUCCUCCUCAUCAGUUGGAGAUAAUCAACUGCAGAGGAUAAUCAGAGAUUUGCAUGAUGCUGUGUUAGAGUUGAGUAAAGAACACAGGGAGUGUGGUGAACCCAUAACUGAUGACAGCGCCAACCUGCACAAGUUCUUCUAUAAACUAGAAUACCUGCUACAGUUUGACCAGAAAGAGAAGACAACCUUUCUUGGUCAGAGGAAAGACUACUGGGAUUACUUCUGCGACUGCCUGAUUAAGAUCAAGGGAGCUAACGAUGGCAUCCGUUUUGUUAAGUCCAUCCCUGAGUUGAAGACAUCACUGGGGAAAGGAAGGGCCUUCAUCCGCUACUCGCUCGUUCACCAGCGUCUUGCUGACACGCUGCAGCAGUGUCUUAUAAACCAGAAGGUCACAAGUGACUGGUAUUAUGUCCGGAGUCCCUUCCUCAAGUCUCACCUCACUGCUGACAUAAUCAACCAUCUUUAUGAGCUCAACCAAAUCCAAUUUGACGUGGCAGCCAGAGGUUACGACCUUGAUGCUGAUUGGCCAAGCUUUGCGAGGCGGACAAUAGGCACUGCCUCAUCAGCUUUCCUGUGGAAGCCUCCCAGUCGCUGCUCCAGCAUCAAUAGUCUUGUUAGCAGCUACGCACACUCACAGGCGCAGGAGGUUCACCCAAUCCCAGACUUGAGUCACAGUCUCCUUGGUGAACUGGUAGAACUGGGGGAACCUUCUCAUUGCAGUAUCUCAGAGAACCUCCGCAUUGCGCUGGACCAGUCUGAGCUCAGACAGCAAGAGCUUCUAGUACAGGUUCAGGAGUUAGGCAAAGAGGCCGCUGAGCUGAAAGGUGUGGUCAAAGACCUUCAAGGCCAGCUAUUAGCAGCUCAGAAGUCCUCUGGCCACCCAGUGUCCACAGCAACCCAAAGAAUCCAAGAAACAGAUAAUCAGGAGAGGGCAAAUCACCUUCAAACCUGUAAAGAAGUAAUAAACAGUGAACUUCAAGAAAGACUCACAGCUGCUGAGAACAAAAAUAUGGAGCUUCUCUCUAAGUUGGAUGACGCUCUUAAAGAAAAGGGACAACAAACAGCUAGCUACUGCGACUCAGCCUGGAAAAUCCAGGAACUCCUGGAUAAACUGAAGACAGCAGAGGAGGAGAGGUUGGAGGCAAAGAGAGAGGCUGAGGACAGGUCCAGGCACUCUGAGCGUCUGUCCCAGGAGCUAAAACUUAGGGAAGAAGAGUUGAGGAACAGUGAGGGGAAGUUGGCUGAAGUAAAAGCCGGAGCCCAUGAUGAACAUGAGGAGGCGCUCAAACGGUUGGAGGAACUCCAAAGUGCAGUCGGUCGAAUUCAGGGAGCGCUGACUUUGAAAGAGAAGGAGACGGGGAACCUGAGAGCUCAGCUUCAGGAUCUACAAGCAUCACUGGAGUGCAGGGAACGGCAAGCAGAGGAGUUGAGGAGAAGACUGCUGGAGGAGAGGGAGGAGGAAGAGCAGAGAUGUAGCAUGAGCGGUAGCGAGAAUGAGGAACUCGAGAGCCAGCUGUUGGAUGUAAGAAAAACUCUAAAAAACAGAGAGAAAGAUCUAGCUGUGAGUUCAGAGAGAAUCAAGCAUUUAGAGGAGCAACUAGAGAAGCUAAAUGUUGAGAAAGAAAGUCUGAGCUCUAGAUUUGCUGAUAAUGAAGAUGUUUCUUGUGAUCAAACCGAGAACCUUGAAGACUACAAAACCCAAUGCAGCAAUCUCAUGGAAUUAAAUGCAAAGCUACUCCAAACAGUUCAGAAGAGCGAGGGGAGCAUUACAGAGCUAACUGAGAGCAGGGAAGCCUUGUUAGACCAAUUAGCUUCUUUGAGAGCCUCUGAGAAGCACUUAAAGGGCAGAGUUGAGGCUGCAAAGAUGUCUGUGGAAGAUCGGGAGAAGAAGCUUCUGGAUGAAAACCUGCAUUUGGAGGAGACUGUCCAGAAGGUGCUCGUUCAGAAGGAAGCCUCUGAUGCUCAGUUGAAGAGGCUAGAGCAUGAGAACGAGGAGCUUCUUGAGGUUCAUUCCUCGUUGAAGAAACAGUUAGCCACAACUCAACAGGAAGUGGACUCACUCACUGCCAAAUCUGCAAAGUUGGACAAGAACCUCACAGUGUCCCAAAGAAGCCAAGCAGAGUUACUUGAAAAACUGCAGGAAACUGAGACUAAACUGAGAGAGCAGACUGUAAAAUGUAGUCUUCUGCAAGCUAGAGCGGAAGAGCUGGAGAGCCGGACUGGGGAGCUGCACGAUGAAAAAGGAGCUGCAGAGAGCAAUGAAAAAAUGCAGAAGCUUCACGAUGAGCAUCAGACAUCCUCAAUGGAAACCAAAGAGGCCCCGUUCAGGCUAGUUAUAGCUGAGGCUCAGUUGGAACUCAACCUAAGGGAGGUGCACCGGCUCCGGGAAGAGGUGGUGGAGCUCAGGGCUCAGCUUCUAGCAGGAACUGAGGAGAGGAUGAAAGUUCAGGCACUGCAGGAGGUGACAGAGUCCUCAAGAGAGGACCUCCGUGUCUUAGCAGAACAACUGAAAGCACAGGUGGAGGAGCUAAACCGCCGGCAUGUGGAUGAGAUUCUCCGGUCCCGGGAGCGAGAGGAGGCUCUUGUCCGGGAGCGUGAUGGUGAGGCUCAGGCUCGAGCAGGCCUGGCUGCAGAUGUGACAGCUUCCAGAGAGGAGCUCAAUAAACUAAAGCUGCGUUAUGAAACCUUGUGUCUGGAGAACAGUGAAUCCAGGGAGGCUCUCCAUAGAGCCAACACAGAAACAGCUGAACUUGGUGUGCAUGUGUGUAUGCUAACUGCUGAGAACGAAGAGGCUCGUCUGCGCUGGGAGGGCUUGUCAACAAGGUUGCAAGAGCUGGAGGAGGAGGCCACUCAGGAGGCAGAGAGGCUGAAUACCUCCAUGGAGCAGCUACGUCGGGAGAACCAGCGACUCCUUGAUCAGCUCCAUAACAAGGAGGGUUUGCAGGAGCUGGAGCAAGAGCUCAGCAAGGCCCAGCAAGAGACUGAAGCUGUGCAGCAGUCGAACCAGGAGGAGAUGCAGGCCCUCCGCUUCCAGCUCAGCAGCCAAGCCAUGAGCCACAGCAGCCAGCUCCAGACUGUGAAUCAGGAGUUACAGGAAGUGAAAUUGCAGCUGAGGACUGAGCAGGAGAAAGUGGUCACCCAGGAGAACAAACUCAAACAGCUCGAGGCUGAGAAUCAGAGAUAUUGCCAACAGAUUGAGGAGAAAAACAUCCAGAUGGCCGAGUCUGAAAAUCUCAUCCAGCAGAAAGAAGACGAGAUAAUCCAUCUGAAAGGGAAUUUAUCAAGGUCUGAGGAUGGUCUAGCAAAGGCUAAGCAUGCCUGUCAGGAGAUGAGUGAAAAUCUACGGAGGAUCACACAGGACAAACUGAGCUUUGAUUUUAAGACAGCUGCUGAACUUGAUGAUCUUUACCGCACCAAAAUCAAUUUGGAGGAAAGGCUUGUAGAGCUCAUCAGGGAGAAAGAUGCACUGUGGCAGAAGACUGAUGCCCUGGAGUUUGAGCAGAAACUGCGGGAUGAGGAGACAGAGAGAGACGUCAACUACUGUCUGGGCUGUCACAGUCAGUUCAGCUGGUGGCUCCGCAAGCACGACUGCAGACUGUGUGGGCGUCCCUUCUGUUACUACUGCUGCAGUAACACAGUGAGCACCCAGCAGGGCGGCAACAGAGAGCGCUGCUGCAGGGACUGUUACAACCAGCACAGUGCGGUAGUUGAGCGCUAUCCACAGGAGGAAGUGAGUAACAGCACACCGGGGACACCUUUCAGUCGUUUGCUGCAGGCUGGAAGAGCUGUGACUAGUGUUUCAGGAGCAAAUGAAGGUGACAAGCUGGAUGAUGGUGUUUUUGACAUCAUCACAGAGGAGGAAGUGAGCGGGGUCUAUGACAGUGACUCCCUCUCCUUUGCUACUGCCUGCUCUCCUGGACAUGGACAGCAGGGGGCAGCACAGCUAAACAGCAGUACCAGUGCAGGAGAGAUUACAUCAGAAGAUACAGAGGACCUCUGUGCGGCAUUACAGGAUGCCGAGAUCUGCCUGCUGAAGUCCGGAGAACUCACGCUCUCUGUCCACUUCACGGUGGAUGACAUCUCAGGGUUUGGGGACAGCUCCCGAGAGCUUUUCAUCAAGUCCAGUUGUUACAGCACCAUCCCCAUCACUAUGAGCAGUCCUGGUCCAACUGUCACCUGGACGUUCACCUCUGAACCGAAGAGCAUUUCCUUCAGUGUGGUCUACAGGGAGAGUACAGAGACUCCGCUGGAGCAGGCCAAGGUCUUGAUCCCGCUGACUCGCUGUAACUCCCACAAAGAGACAAUCCAGGGGGAGCUUAAAGUCAGAAACCCCGGAGAAUACACACUCAUCUUUGACAACUCUUUCUCCAGGUUCAUCUCAAAGAAAGUGCUGUAUCAUCUGAGUCUAGACAAGCCUGUUGUCUACGAUGGAACUGACCUCCUCUGAACGUGACGGAAAGGAGGAGAAGCAGGUGCGAAACUGACUUCCGAAAUAAGCUCAUCCACAUGGCACGGAGUCUACUGACGUUUAGCAACCUCAAUGAAAGGUUAUGGCAUUUCAGUAACGUCUCUCUCGCCUAGCUGCUUGAUCAUGAGGCGUUGACGCAUCGGGUGAAUUCUGAUUAUGAGAAAGCUGAAACAGAGGCUGAAAACAAUGUUACAAUGUCGAAUGUGAGCAUGCACUACCUUUUAUAAAAGCUUGAUGUUGUAGUUUAAAUAUAGCAUAACUUCACUCCUACUGUAGGUGACUGGAGGAUUUAUGCAUAUUUGAAUGUGAAGAUUGUGCACAUGCAGGGGUCUCAACACCUGCAGAUUUAGGUCCUGUACUCUUUUAUUGCAUCUUUGGAGACAUAAAGCCACAUUGCUUUAGCCUGAGGUACAAUUGUCUGAUAAAUCAAGGUUUGUUCUCAUUAUUUGCCUCAUUGCAUAAACGUAGAUUCAAAGAAGGAGUGGAAGAUGUGGUAUCACGGUAUCCCAGAGAAACUGUUUAUGCAUUAAAGAACAAGUCAGAUGUUUCUUUUUGACUUAUGUAGGUAAUUCAUCUCUGAAAAAUCAAGGUACUUUAUCAUAUUGACUCAAAAAACAAAACAUUAAACUACAAUAUUGCCAUUAAUCAUGUGCUGCUUAUUAAUGUGCAACAAUACCCACAAUGGCCUAAAACACCCAGAAAUAUUCAAGAAAGAGCUACCACAGGAUAAAUGGUAAAGUAAAAUCUCUGACAAAAAUCUCCUCACACAGUAUCUAUCGUGAGUUAAUUCAAUCCCGUUCUACUUAAAUAAAAAUAAUAAAUGAGACAUGACUGGAAACAAGGAGUAAACUGAUGUUAAAAAUAAGUAAGCAAAUUGUAUUAUUUUAGUUGCCUAAGCUACUUUGAGUUUGAAAAAUGUACUCUAACCUUAACUGAAUUUGUUUUACUAGCUUAAACGUACAAUUAGUGAACCAUCUGUAACUAACUCUUUGAACUGGUGUGUUGAUAUGAUGCUGUCGUAGAAUUAUAAACUUACUCCUCAAUACUAUUUGUGUCCAAAGCAAAGUUCAAGUUCAUGCUCAUUUCAGAUCCAGUACAGUAAGAUUGUUGCCUUUUCAGCUGUCAGGAAUGAUGAGAAAUGGAUUUGUUGUGUUGCAGUCAUGACGAAGCAUUACAGGAAGAAGCAGGACUUCUGCUGAAGCUGCAAUAAAGCCGCAUCAUUCGGUUUAAGUUGUCUUCAGGAAACAGACUUUAACUGAGUGCCGUUUCUGAUUAAAGGAGGUCAAGAUUUCCAUGCAUGCAAACACUAAGAAUGUGCAUGUUUCCCCAACUUAACCCCUUAUGGGUCAAAAUAGGGAGCGCAUAUCAAAAUGUAAGUUUCAGUGCUUUAAAUAUUGAGUUUUUACUUUGAACCUAACUUGAAUCAUCACUCAUGUUUUGACAAGCUGAUGAUUUUGUAUUAAAUUUAGUGAAGUUGCAAUUUGUCUUAAGAUACAUAAAGCCUUUAGAUGGAGAAAGGUUUGUUUUGGAAAAACAAACAUAAUCAUAGGUUUUAUUUAUAGAGGGCUUUUCUAGACGAGAGAGAGAUGUUUGUUCUCCAGUACAGUUGUGUACUGUUGUGCUGUGUGAUGUUACUUCUGCAGUGUGUCAAACAGAAACCUCAACAUACAGCCUUCACAUAAUACAAGUCCAAAAAUCACUUUUAUACUUCGAGUUGUCUUAUAUGGACGUUAUUAUUUGAAGGCUUUAAUGUUGCAAUGUACCUUUAUUUCACAAUCACCAGUCAUUUGACUAUACUGACGUAAAUAUACUGAAACACUGCUUUGCUUUUUGGAAAUUCCAAAAUGUCUUCCACUAUUUUAAAACCAUUUUGUAACUUAUAUUUUGAACAUGACAUGAGAAAGAAUAUUAAGAAAAAAUACAACUGACACUUUUUUUUACAUAUCUGAAUCAGAAGAGUGAUAUAUUGCCAAAUAUAUUGAGGAAACAUAUUUGUCUAUUUUAUUAUUUAUAUUUAUAGACAUUUCAACAGGACUGCUGUAUAAUGCACUUUUGAAAGGGCUUUUUGUCAGUCUGUAUCCCAUGAGCCUUUGUGCCAGUAAAUGAAUGUUUUUUCUUUUUUCACUUGUACCUAGUGAGUGUGUGAUUGUAGAUGUCUACUGCUGGAUUUGUCAGAGGGAAGCUUUCACUCUCUGACUUAACCUGUAAAUGAUUGUUGACGACAAAUCUUUUAUUGAAAUAUAAUUUACAUACUAAAGAUUUCUAAUAGAAUAAGAUUGUUGAGAAAUAAAUGAGGAUUGUGUGAUACCUUUA